CGUAUAUUGGGAAAUAUGGAUGAGAAGAAGAAGCCGUGUGAUGAUUUCUGGUUACACUCUUGUGGCGGAUAUAUUGAAUCCCACCCUUAUAAGGGAAGACCGGACUACAGAAGAGAAAUGGGCGUGGAAGCAGAAAUGCAGGAUUCAACUGACGAAUAAGUUAUUCGUUUACUUAAAGAAACAACAACGGAGUCCACCAUCGAGCCAGUUAAGAUGGUUAGAAAGUUCUACAGAUCUUGUACGGACAAAGUGACAAUAGAGAAAACUAUGAAAAGUUUUAUGUACGGACUAUCGGAGAAACUUGGAGGUGUCCCGAUAAUUACAGGAAAUAAAUAUUCAAGUGACCACGCUACAACUUUGCGAACUCUUAUUAGUGUGACUGGUGAACUGCCUUGGUUGCAAUAUUAUAUUUUGGACGACCCAAAGAGUAAUCAUACAAUAAUCAGAUUGCGACUGAAAUUGAAUUGUAAUGUAUAUAUUUUAUUGCGUACCAUUACAACUAUUGGUCUCAUGUUUGGUUCUCCUGAUCGAGUUGAUAAAAUUUUGAACUUCUGUCGUCAAACGUCACAAGGUUACGUCUACCUACAGUAA